AUGGCCAGUUAUGUUUCAGAGAGAAGAAGAGAGUUGUUUCAAAAGGACCUGGCUUCUUCUGUUGCCCAAGAAACAGGGGAAGAAACAGAGGAGAGGUUGACGUCAAUGGCGGCACCGCAGCGCGUGGUGGUGAUGCGCCACGGGGACCGGCUGGACCACGCGGAGCCGAUGUGGCCGGCCAACAAGCCGCGGCCCUGGGACCCGCCCCUCACCGACGCCGGCAUCCUCAGGGCCUGGACCGUCGGCAAGCGCAUCCGGGCGCAGGCCGCCGCCGACGGCUACCAGCUCCACCGCGUCCUCGUAUCCCCCUUCUUCCGCUGCCUCCAGACCGCCGCCCAGGCCGUCGCAGCCCUCUGCGCCGUGCCCGACGACGCCGCGCUCGCCGCCGCCGUCGAGUCCAGCGCCAAUGUGCCCCUCGACACAUCCCGCGUCAAGGUGUCAAUUGAGUAUGGAUUGUCUGAGAUGAUGAACGCCGAAGCAAUGGGCGUUUUUGUUAGCCAGGUUGUGCCCAGCGUCGACACGUGGUUUCCUGACUUGGCAGAACUCGAAGCCGUCUUACCAACAGGAACCAUCGACCAUUCUACCAAGCCCCUCUACCCGGAGGUACCCAAGUGGGGAGAGUCUGUCAGGGCGGCAAGAACUAGAUACGCCAGUGUAAUCAAGGCCCUUGCUGACAAAUAUCCCGACGAGAACUUACUUUUAGUAACGCACGGUGAGGCUGUUGGUUCAUCGGUGGCGUGCUUCGGGACGGGUGUGGAGGUCUACGAUGUGGAGUACUGCGCAUACUCUCUUCUUAAAAGGCAAGCUGAGGGCGAGGGUGAGAGUGAGAGUGGUGAGAGCCUACUCAAGCUCUUGACGGAUAGAAGUGGUCCAACAACAGGCAUACACUACCUCCUCCCCUGAUAAACUGUCAGAUCUUUUCACAACAUUGCAAAAUUCAGAGCAUUGGACAGGAGUGUUCAGAUUUAGUUUGAAAUUUCCAUUUUUUCCGCAAGAAUGUUUGGUGUUAAACUGUUAAUACAUGUAAUUUCCGGUUCUGAAUUUUGUACCAGCCCUGUGUAAUAAGUAAAUUGGUACAAUAAGCAAGAUAGAGUUCAAUUUC